GGGGAGUUAUGUCACUGCUCCGAAGGAAUGGGUCCAGAGCGCUCCCGCGUGUGUCUGACUGACAGCCCCACGCGGGGGUCGGGGCUUAUAAAGGAGCGGCUGCCGCCCGGCCCGUGCGGAGCCCCGAGGCCGGCUCCUCUGCAGGGUGGGCCGGGUCUCCUCGCCCGCGCGCUGGUCCUCCUAGACUCCGUCCCCAGCACUGAGACGGGCCGUCGCUGAAGCUUUUUCACAUUCCAGGAGUCCCGCCGGGGAGGGGCAGGAUGCUGUGGUCCCUGCUGCUGCUGGCCUCAUGGGCCUGGUCCGGCGUUCAGGCUGGAGACCAGGACGAGGACACCACCUUUGACCUCUUCAGCGCCAGCAACAUCAACCGCAAGACCAUCGGGGCCAAGCAGUUCCGGGGCCCGGACCCCCGCGUGCCCGCCUAUCGCUUCGUCCGGUUUGACUACAUCCCGCCGGUGGGCGCGGAGCAUCUGGGCAGGAUCGCCGAGGCCAUGCGGCGGAAGGACGGCUUCUUCCUCACGGCCAGCCUGAAGCAGGACCGCAGGUCCCGGGGCACCCUGCUGGCCCUCGAGGGCCCCGGCGCCGCGCAGCGGCAGUUCGACAUCAUCUCCAACGGCCCCGCCGACACGCUGGACCUCACCUACUGGGUGGACGGCACCCAGCACGUCAUCUCGCUGGAGGACGUGGGCCUGGCCGACUCCCAGUGGAAGAACAUCACGGUGCAGGUGACCGGGGAGACCUACAGCCUGUACGUGGGCUGCGACCUGAUGGACAGCUUCACGCUGGACCAGCCCUUCUACGAGCAGCUGAAGACAGAAAGGAGCAGGAUGUACGUGGCCAAAGGCUCCGGCCGAGAGAGUCACUUCCGGGGUUUGCUGCAGAAUGUCCACUUAGUUUUUGAAAAUUCCGUGGAAGAUGUUCUCAGCAAGAAAGGGUGUCAGCAGAGCCAGGGAGCCGAAGCCAACGCCAUCAGCGAGGACACGGACACGCUGCACCUGAGCCCCCCGGGCUCCACGGAGUAUGUGGGCCAGGGCGCGGAGAAGGCGCCAGAGGUGUGCGAGCACUCGUGCGAGGCCCUGGGCAGCAUGAUUAAGGAGCUGUCGGGGCUGCACGUCGUGGUGAACCAGCUCCAAGAGAACCUGCGGAGAGUGUCCAGCGAUAACCAGUUUCUCUGGGAGCUCAUCGGUGGGCCUCCCAAGACCCGGAACAUGUCAGCCUGCUGGCAGGACGGCCGCUUCUUUGCAGAAAAUGAAACCUGGGUGGUGGACAGCUGCACCAAGUGCACCUGCAAGAAAUUUAAAACUGUUUGCCAUCAAAUCACCUGCCCGCCGGCGACCUGUGCCGACCCGUCCUUCAUGGAGGGCGAGUGCUGCCCCUCCUGCUUCCACGACGGCGAGGAAGGCUGGUCCCCGUGGGCGGAGUGGACGGAGUGCUCUGCCACCUGCGGGUCUGGCACCCAGCAGAGGGGGCGGUCGUGCGACGUCACCAGCAACACUUGCUUGGGGCCGUCCAUCCAGACGCGGGCAUGCAGCCUGGGCAAGUGUGACCACCGCAUCCGGCAGGACGGCGGCUGGAGCCACUGGUCGCCGUGGUCCUCCUGCUCCGUGACCUGCGGUGCCGGGAACGUGACGCGCAUCCGCCUCUGCAACUCGCCGGUGCCCCAGAUGGGCGGGAGGAGCUGCAAGGGCAGCGGCCGCGAGACCAAGGCCUGCCAGGGCCCGCCCUGCCCGGUGGACGGUCGGUGGAGCCCCUGGUCCCCGUGGUCAGCCUGCACGGUCACCUGUGCUGGAGGAAUCCGGGAGCGGACGCGCGUCUGUAACAGCCCCAAGCCGCAGCACGGAGGGAAGGACUGCGUCGGGGACGUCAAGGAGCAUCAGAUGUGCAACAAGAGGAGCUGCCCGCUGGACGGCUGCCUGUCCAACCCCUGCUUCCCCGGAGCGCCGUGCAGCAGCUUCCCUGACGGCUCCUGGUCCUGCGGCUCCUGCCCGGUGGGCUUCCUGGGCAACGGCACCCACUGCGAGGACCUGGACGAGUGUGCCGUGGUCACUGAUAUGUGCUUCGCGACCAGCAAGGCUCACCGCUGCGUCAACACCAACCCGGGCUUCCACUGUCUGCCCUGCCCCCCACGCUACAAGGGGACUCAGCCCUUUGGGGUUGGCCUGGAGGAAGCCAGGACCGAGAAGCAGGUGUGCGAGCCUGAGAACCCCUGCAAGGACAAGACCCACAACUGCCACAGGCACGCGGAGUGCGUCUACCUGGGCCACUUCAGCGACCCCAUGUUCAAGUGCGAGUGCCAGACUGGCUACGCAGGCGACGGGCUCAUCUGCGGGGAGGACUCGGACCUGGACGGCUGGCCCAACAGGAACCUGGUCUGUGCCACCAACGCCACCUACCACUGCAUCAAGGACAACUGCCCCCUCCUGCCUAACUCUGGACAAGAAGACUUUGACAAGGACGGCAUUGGGGAUGCCUGUGAUGACGAUGAUGACAACGACGGUGUCACCGACGAGAAGGACAACUGCCAACUUCUCUUCAACCCCCGUCAGUUUGACUAUGACAAGGACGAGGUCGGGGACCGCUGUGACAACUGUCCUUACGUGCACAACCCGGCCCAGAUCGACACGGACAACAACGGGGAGGGAGAUGCUUGCUCGGUGGACAUCGACGGAGACGACGUCUUCAAUGAGCGAGACAACUGUCCAUACGUGUACAACACAGACCAGAGGGACAGCGACGGCGACGGAGUGGGAGACCACUGCGACAACUGCCCGCUGGUGCACAACCCAGACCAGACGGACGUGGACAAUGACCUGGUGGGAGACCAGUGCGACAACAACGAAGACGUCGACGAGGACGGCCACCAGAACAACCAGGACAACUGCCCCUACGUGUCCAAUGCCAACCAGGCCGACCAUGACCAUGAUGGCAAGGGUGACGCCUGCGACUCAGACGAUGACAACGACGGGAUCCCCGACGACAGGGACAACUGCAGGCUCGUGCCCAACCCCGGCCAGGAGGACGCAGACGGUGACGGGCGAGGUGAUGCUUGCAAAGACGACUUUGACAAUGACAGCAUCCCUGACAUCGACGACGUGUGUCCUGAAAACCACGCCAUCAGUGAGACCGACUUCCGGAACUUCCAGAUGGUCCACCUGGACCCCAAGGGCACCACUCAGAUCGAUCCCAACUGGGUCAUUCGCCAUCAAGGCAAGGAGCUGGUGCAGACGGCGAACUCUGACCCCGGCAUCGCCGUCGGUUUUGAUGAGUUUGGGUCCGUGGACUUCAGCGGCACGUUCUAUGUCAACACGGACCGGGAUGACGACUACGCGGGCUUUGUCUUCGGGUACCAGUCCAGCAGCCGCUUCUACGUGGUGAUGUGGAAGCAGGUCACGCAGACCUACUGGGAGGACCAGCCCACCCGGGCGUACGGCUACUCGGGGGUGUCCCUCAAGGUGGUGAACUCCACCACGGGGACGGGCGAGCACCUGAGGAACGCACUGUGGCACACCGGGAACACGGAAGGACAGGUGCGCACGUUGUGGCACGACCCCAGGAACAUUGGCUGGAAGGACUACACCGCCUACCGGUGGCACCUGACCCACAGGCCGAAGACCGGCUACAUCAGAGUCUUAGUGCACGAAGGAAAACAGGUCAUGGCCGACUCAGGACCCAUCUAUGACCAGACCUACGCUGGCGGGCGGCUGGGGCUGUUUGUCUUCUCUCAAGAAAUGGUCUACUUCUCGGACCUCAAAUACGAAUGCAGAGACGUCUAAACAAGAUUGGCUGCAUUUCCAGCAGAGUACUGUAGACGCUGUUACCCAGACACCUCAGCCCAUCCGGCGCCCCCAGCCUCUCUCUAGCUGCCCCUCCUGUCCUUGACCCCGACUUUGAGUGGUUCUCAGCCUCCUUCACCUCCUGUCAUCAACCCAAGCCCAAGCGCCUUCAGAGGAUAAACAUUAGUGGAACCUGAAGACGAGCAUGCAGCCCACGACAGGAAGCCCAGUCUGAUGAGACGUGAGACUUUACGUGGAGAGAAAGCUGAGCAUGAUGUUACACUGCUUUUUCCUUGUUUGUUUAAAGAGAACGACGUUUACAUAUAAAAUGUAAGUGCUUGUCGUAUUUAUGUGUGUAUGGAGCUGCGGGAAUAUUGUGUGUAAGCCACUAUCAUAACUUAAGCAAGAGUAAAUAUUGCCAACCCACUUCCAUUGUGAGAGCACUCCAGUCCCUUUAGGCCAGGUGUAGAGAAGGGCCAGCUCCAGUUAGAAGUCAGGCCGUCGUAAGGAAGAGGCCAGGAGAGACCAGGUGUGUGACGUGGGGUGUCAGGUCGCUAACUGGAAUAGGAAAGACAGUUACGGGAAUAAACGAGUGCCCUUCCCCAGCCUCUCAUCCUCCGGUGAAUGCCCUCGCACUCAGCAGGGGUUCAGCUUGGUCAGAGAAGGGCUGUCCCUGCAAAAUGUGGGUCCAGAUGUGGGUCUGACCAAACCUCAUUUACGGGAAGGGUUCAGAGAGGGGUGCACCGUCCCUGCAGCCGGGGCCCUCAAGCUGUUGUCUGCCUGGGACCCCUGGCCAACGUCUUUUGAUUUCAUGCUCCGAUCACCGGAAUUCUUUCUGGAGCUUUUUUCGAUUGUGCUGGUGGAGGAACAGACAGCAGAGAAGUCAGCAAAUGCACUUUGGCCUCUAAUUCCCAGUCUAGGCCUUGAAGCUCCGGACCAGUUGCUUGUACCUAACUCGGUAACACAUUUCAUUAAGGUUCCGGUUAUAAAUGCUGUGUUGCUAUUUAUUAAAUGGAUAUAGAAUGCAGUUCCCCUCACCAGUAACUUAUUUUAAAUAUGCCAAGUAGCACAUAAGGAGAGUAAUUUCUAGAAGUAAACAUAUAACUAGUAUAUGAUAAUAUAGAGACACAGUUAUAGCAAAAGAGCUCCCUGUCAAAAUACAAGGCUUUCAAAUAUUAUGUUGUCAUGAUAAAGCUCGCUGUGAACGUGAUCGCAUAGACACAUAAUAAGGAGAGUUUAUAAUGGAACCUUAAUAUAUACCGUUGCAGCAACUCUGAUGUGGUGGCUGUUACUGGUGCGUGUCUGCUGUGUGUCGGAGGUGGGGAACUGUGGAAGCUGAGGGGACCCAGUGCGGUCCUGGCAGAAUAGCCAGCGCUCAGUCAUGCAGUAAUAGAGCCCAGGCUUGAUCUGUUUUUCGCUUUCAGUUGCAUGAUCUUUCUGCAGGAACCGUUGGUUAGUCUCGUUCCACACGGGGUUUAGUGAGAGGACUCGGCCGUGUCACUGAUGCAGGUGAACUGUCCGCCCCUCCCUGUCGGCAGUGCCAUCACCGCUUUGUCCAGGGAGGGGACCCACGACCUUGUCUUCACUUGCCGUGCUGUCUGAUAACGUUUUACUUGUUGCUUCCGUUGGGGUUGAUUUUUUUGUUUUGCUGCACUUUUCACCUUUUUUUUCUUUUUUGUGGAAAUGUAUUCCCAAGACAACGAAGGUGGGGAGACUUCAUUAAAUGUAACCAUUGUGACGAGCGUGUGGGUCUUCUGUGUUGGGGGUGUUUGGCCGAACCAUACCGUGGAGUGGGAGGAUGAUGUGAAUAUUUAGAAUGUACCAUAUUUUUUUGUAAAUUAUUUAUGUUUUUUUUUAAAAAAACAAACUUCUCAUACAGAUUGAUGAAACUUCUUCUGUUUUGCCAAAGACUGUAAAUAUUUAUUUAUUUGUUCACAUGGUCAGAUCUUCACCCCCGAAACCCUGCACAUAGCUAGCGCCUCAUUUUUAUACUUUAAAGAUGAAUAACAGGAAAUAAAUUGUAAAAAGGU